GAGAAUCAAAAAGCGUGUACUUCGCUAAAAAUUUCUCAAUAAAAAUUGUAUUUAUUAAUUAAAAUCCUUUAAUUUACAAUGUGUGAAGUUGAAGCUGUUUCCAAAAUUGCCAAAUGUUUGCAAGUACCUUUGGGUAAAGUGCAACUAAAUGAGGAACAGGUGGUAACACGCACUCUCAACAACAAAUCGGUAUCAGGAUAUGCUACCAUUCUUAAUAGUUUGGCCAAAGAAUCGAAAUCAAACAUUGCUACCAAUAGCUAUCAAACACGUGAAGUAGAGGCUCAGGUUUAUCAAUGGAUUGAAUUUGCUGUUCUUUACGUGGCACCUGGCUCAAAGGAUAAGCACAUUGCCCAACAAUUAUUGAGGGAUUUUAACAAGAUGUUUUUGAAACAAUCGUAUUUGGUGGGACAUUUUCUCACAUUGGCUGAUUUAGCGGUCUUCUAUGCCAUUUAUGAUUUAGUGAAAUCUCUUUCCCCAAUCGAAAAAGAAAAUUAUUUGAAUUUAUCUCGGUGGUUUGAUCAUCUGCAGCAAUUGCCCGAAGUCCGUCAAGAUGGCGGUUUAUUAAACUUUACAACAAUCUACUUGCACGGCUGGGCCACUGGUACUCAUGUCUAAUAGGCAGUUAUAAUUCUAAUAAUUAUGUACUUUCAUUUUGUUUCAAAAUAUAAUUAAAGCAAUAUUUAUUUUCUUUCUUCUUAUUUAUAAUCGACAUAAAAAGGCAUUUAUAAAAAAACUCUCACAUUUUUUUAAGAUAUAAUUUAAAUCAUCGAAGUUUUAAACAAUUUGUUAAAAUAAAAUUAUAAUUGUAUAAUUUCUGAUAAAUAAAA